CCUGUGAUACCCUACCAUGGGACACCGUCACACCGCACCCAGUCUGGGCGUCGCGCUGUAGCCACUAGCGGCUGUGCGUGCGGGAGUGGCGAGACUGGACAGUGGUCGUGGAAGCUCAUCACCUACGUAUUGGUGAUUGAAUUAUUGGGCAGGAAGCGGUCCAAUUCUGUCGAAGAAGAAACAAGAGAUCGAUCGAGUUCGCAGAAUGGCUAUCCUCUCUCUCGCUUCUUCCCUCGCGAAGGACGGAUACCGAAAUGGAAGGAAGGGAACCCUUCACGUCGCCCUCACAUUGUCCUUCCUGCUGGCCCGUGGGUGUGCUCAUGGAGAUGGUACAACCACUCAAGACCCCCAAACACACCAUGCAGCUCACACAGGAGAGACCAGUGAGGCUGUGACUGGUGGGGGAGGAGAGAGUGCAGUUUAUAUUUGGAUUACAAGUUUUGCCAUUUUCAACACAUUCUUCCUGUUGGUGGUGCUUCUCUAUACAGUAUGCAAUAUUUACUCAAUGAAAAUGCAAGCAGGAAUGGACAUUGAGAAGAAAGACAAUGAGGUAAAAACUAAACCGAGAAAAUUCAUUGAUAGUCUCUCAGUCUCUCAGUAUUUUCCUUUCCCUUCCCACCACAACAGUCAGUCAUCUAAGAAAGUAGAAGAUAAUUGCCAAGUUCACACAGACCCUUCUCCUGCUCCUGAAUUGAGAACCAGCAUUGAAAGGAAGAAUUGGUCCCCCAAACCAGCAUUGCCAUCCACUUGUCCACCUCCCUGUCCAAGCUCUAAGAGGGCAAGCCUUCAAGAUUUUCAGCCCUGUCCUAACUCAAACCCCAAAACCUUUUUUGAAAGGAGGAAAGAUCUCCAACUGCCACCACUCCCAUCCAACUGCACUCCUCAACCACACCCUGAGAGGCCACGGUCUCAGAAUACCCCCAGUUCCGAAGACGAAGAUCAUGAGUAUGAGUACAUAGAGUUGCCUAUCAGGCCUACACCAACACAAAAGAAAGAUCAGGAAGACAGUAAGAAAGAAGAGACAAAUGAAAAGAAAAAAGAAAAUAAUAAGCAGGGCACCAAUGAGUCCGAUGAGGAAGAAAAUGACUAUGACUACAUCCGUUGGCCUGUCAAGCAACAUCAAACAGCAGAUAAGGAAACACAGACAAAUGAAAAUGAAGAGGCAAGUGAGAGGUCCAUCAAACAUAUGUCUCUCAGUUUAGACUAGCAGUUAUCAACUUUUUUGGUCCAAUUCCCACCAGGAUUCUAGCCUAAUAUGCUAUGGCCUACUGGUGAAACUUUCUAUGUGAUUUCUGCUUGUAACUGAGCCGUUUCUAUUCUUCACCUUAGCAAAACUCAGUCAUGUCUAUUUUUUCCUAAGAUUUCUAGCAUUUAGCUGAAUCUCCAACAACUUUCCUUCAACUGACACAUUUAUCCCUACAGUUGAACUCAAGGAUCAGACCUUCUCAGAUAAUUUUUGUAAACUUAAUUUACUUUUUUAUUUUAUAAAUUUUGAUGUGUAAUAUUUACCCUGAGAAAUAUUAUCAUGAUUACAUAUUAACCAAUGUGGUAGUUUAGUGCUUAGUUGUGCUGUGUGUCGAAUAACUAUUUAGUCUAUUACUGAUGUACAUUAUGUGACUGUGGUGUAUGAUGUGACUGUACAGCACUCAUACACUGAUUAGUCUUUCAAUUACAAAAAUAGCAGUGGAGAGGGGUUGUGAUCGAGGGUUAAAUGAAAGUUAAAUGGUUGCCAUAUGAAGUAGUCUAGGAACAACUGGGUUAUACACUUAAUGAGUGGUGGUUUAUAGUGAUGAAAAAAUUGCUCGUGGAAUGAAACCAACUUUCAAUGACAUUAUUCAUUAUAUUGUGUUUUUUUAUCAUAUGUAACUGAACAGUUAAUCUACAGACAGACAGAUGGACACACACACACACACACACACACUAAAGAAGUAUAAACAUCAGGAAAUCUUCACUAAGAAAUAAACUUUCAUAUAUGCUUUGGGAACUCCAGAGCAAAAAUAUCAUACAAUGAAAGAAAAGAAAAUAAUUGAGAGAGAGAGAGAGAGAGAGAGAGAGAGAGAGAGAGAGAGAGAGAGAGAGAGAGAGAGAGAGAGAGAGAGAGAGAGAGAGAGAAUAAUACAA